AUGCACGCGUGGACGCGAUGGGAGAAUGCGAAGGCGUCGUCGUCCGAGGCGACGACGGUUGGGACGACGCGGGACGAAAAGAACGCGUCGAGGGGGGGUGCGACCGCGAGAGGGGUGCGAGGGGUGGGCGGGGACUCCGCGGAGGCGCUGAGACCGACCGCGCACGGGUCGGUGGCGUCGUUGGGGGGGAGCUCGACGAGCCGGGACGAUGAAUUCUGGAGCGCGGAUGAAGACGGCGGCGAGCGGAGACGGUCGAUGGAUGAGGAGCGACGGGGGGAGGAGGAGACGUUGAGGCGCGAAAAUACGCCUAAUUUCUUCGCGAGCACCAAGUUUUUUAGCGUGCUCGAGCUCGAGCUGUCGAAGGAGUUGUUCGAGGCGAGCGCGGAGGAGCGGUUGGCGCCCAACGAGGUGCUGUUUAGGCAAGGAGACGAUAGUUCGAGCGGGAUCUACGUCGUCGUCGAGGGUUCGGUCGGGGUGUACUUGCAGUCCACGAGCGGGGCGCCGCCAGUGAUGACGAAUAUACUUCAAGAGGGGGAGUCUGUGGGAGACGUGGACGUCCUUGAUAGCGCGCGGCGAAGCGUGAGCUGCAUUGCGAUGCAAGGCGGGGCGAGAGUCGUGCGAGUGUCUCAGACAGUCUUCUUAGAUUUCGUUCGAAAACAUCCGUACACGCUGCAACUUUACUUGCAGCAAGCCAUCGCGCGACUCUGGCGGGUGGCACAGUUCUCUUUGAUUGAUUUCCUCGAACUACCGCGUCAGUCCCUUCGAGGGCAACCGGCGGCUGACGAUGCAUGUUCACUGAAGGAUUCCGACUUGCGUUCGCAUCUCAAGGUCGUUAGUGAGCAUUGCUCAGUCAAAAAGUUUCUGAAGGGAGAGGUGCUUUUCGCGGAGGGUGAUUCGACCGAGGUGUUUUACAUUCUCACGAAAGGUUCAAUAUUGCGCGAAGCCAUACCGUGGCCGAAAGGUAACGGAGUCCGUGGAGAGCCCGUCAGAGCGCCCCAGCUGAUCGGUUCAGCGCACUUCAUGACGCGUGCAUCUUUUAGAGAGACGCAACUCGCGCAUGAUGAUUGCGAAAUGCUCGUCAUCACGUCAGAAGUUCUUGACAAACUUCGCGCCACUGAGACAGAGGCUUACAUCGUCUUGCUGCGUCAGACGUCGGCGUCUCUCGGUGUUCUAAUCCGCAACUUCAUCGGCUUCGGACUCAAUCGGGUUUGGCUGAAGAGUGGAGAGCACGUUUUCAUGGUCGACGAAGACGCGACGAGUAUGUUCGUUAUCAUCAGUGGACGGGUGCGUUUACAUUUUCCACCGCAGAAGCACGAUGAUGAGACUAUUCGCGAGAGAGGUCGUGGAGACACGAUCGGGGAGGCUCCUUUGCUCGCUCAUGGAAAAUACUCGUCGAGCGCGGUGACAUCACGAGACUCAGAGCUCGUGAGAAUGUCUCACGGGGCGCUGAAGAUCAUAACUGCUCAUCACAGCGAGGUAUCCAGUCGCUUGCUUGAGAUUGUCGCCAACAAGUUGCAACUGAACCUUCGCUCUGGAGAUCGGUCCUACGCCGAGCUUGUGACGAUUUGUCUGAUCCCCGCUGAUCCAGAAACGAAGGUCGAUGAGUUUUCGGACGCACUGAGACAAAGUCUAUCGGUCUUUGGGUCUACUUUGUUGCUGAAUAGCUCCGUUAUCGAUGAGAUCUUCCCUGACGGUACAACGAAACGUUUGGACAACUACUUUUAUCGGUCGAAGCUCACCGGAUGGAUGGCAGAACAAGAAGAAGUUCAUCGUUUUAUCGUGUUGCAGGCAGACUCGCGCGGAUCAAGUUGGAGUAAGGUGUGCGCAAGUCAAGCGGAUUGCGUGCUCAUCGUGGCACAUGCCAAUCGUGAGAACAAGGUGCCACAGUUGUAUGAGCAGCGAUUACUGUGGCGUUCUCGUCGCACCGCGCGGCCUGAAUUGAUUUUGAUUCAUGAGCCAGGAAGUACACCAACCCAGACUCAAGUGUGGGUAAAGAGCAGAAGUGUACAAAUGCGCCAUCAUCACGUGCGGUUGACAUCAAGGGAUGAUAUGUCACGACUCGCAAGACAUGUUUCAGGACACAGCGUUGGGGUCAUCCUGACGGGCGGUGGCGGUGGAGGUUUAGCCCAUCUCGGAGCGCUGCGCGCGCUCGAAGAGAACGGCAUUCCGAUCGAUUGCAUCGGUGGAACAAGCCAAGGUACUCUCACGGCAGGCAUGUACGCCAGGACUCUGUCAUCAUCACAUAUUCUUCCAAUGCUCCGGAACAAUAUGCAUGCGUUGAAUUCUCCGCGCCACUUGCUCACCGAUCUUACGCUCCCACUCCUAUCGCUGUUCAGUGGUAAGGGUUUGAACGAAAUAAUCAAGAGAUCUGUCGGAGCAGAAACCGCGAUCGAGGAUCUUUGGCUGAAUUUCUUCUGUUGCAGCACCAAUCUCAACAAGAAGUGCCUGACGGUGCACACUUGCGGAACUCUUUGGCGAUGUAUUCGGGCGUCGAUGACGGUGCUAGGACUGCUGCCACCUGUACGAAACGAAAACGGUGAGCUGCUUGUCGAUGGAGGCUAUUUGAAUAGUAUCCCAGUAGAUGUCAUGCGGAAGGAGAUGGGCGUCGAAACUGUCAUCGUCGUCGACGUGGAAGACAAGGACUUUUCCAGCUUUCGGGAUCUGACGCCUCAUGACGGCGGUAUGGGGAGCUUUGGGCUGUUAUGGGAUCGUUUAAACCCUUUUGUACUAACCAAGCUGAACAAUGGUAACGAUCGGCUCGAAAACCCGUCGUACGCCGAUGUGUUGCACGCCCUGACUGCAACGACAAUGAAAAAGCAUCUGGAAAUCAUCACACGGGAACACCGUAUCAACAUGCACCUCCGACCUCCUGGGAUAUCUUCAUGGAUGACUCACGGCUUGACGUAUUCUCAGAUGGACGCAGCUGUGCGCAAAGCUCAAGCGUAUACGAAUAAAGCCAUCGUGACCUGGAAGAAAAAAGCGAGGAACGAGCGCAGAGUGUCUGAGAACGAGGCCAAGAAGCCGCCGUCCGAGCUCCAUAUGGCUGCAGCCUCUGUGUUCGGCGAGUCGAGAUCUGAAUCUGGGUCCCUAUCCCCCCGUGUCUCUCCUCGUUCGAGCUUUCGUCUCGAUGAGGUCUCACCGGGCUUACCGACUGAUCGAACGCCGCCGCCCGUUCACAUCGACGUUCCGAAACUCGACGCCGUUCAGGCGUCGCGGUCGUCGAGCGCUCCGACGUCGCGCGCCGCCCACCUUCCCAGCUCGGAGACCGAGGGCACGUUCUCCCCCUCUGAAUCACAGCUCGUUCGAACCUUCACCGAUAACGUCGUGGCUGAGAAGAAACUGCCGUCCGAGCGCGCGGUGUUCGUCAAGUCGACGCGCAACUGA